GCCCGAGCCCGCUAGUCUAUCAGUCUCUUGACACGCCGAAGCCGAUUUCUGUGCACCCACCACCGGCGAUGACUCCGUUUCUCCGACCGACGACGCCUUCCCUACGACUACGAACCCUAACUUCGACAUCCCCAAAUCCUUAAUCUCCCAUCUAGAGUAUAUGGAUGGAGUUUCUCUCAACACUGAGCCAGUGGGUGAUGAUGAUGCGGAUUAUUUUGAGAUUGAAGGGGACUCUGUAAUUGCAGAAUAUGUUGAUCAAGCUGGGAUAUUUCAAGGGGAGAAUCCCCUGCCUCCAGCUGUUGGAAUGGAGUUUGAGUCUUAUGAGGAUGUGUACUAUUUCUAUAGUUGCUAUGCAAAAGAACAAGGAUUUGGAGUCCGAGUCAGUAACACAUGGUAUAGAAAGAGUAAGGAAAGAUACCGAGGAAAACUUAGCUGCAGCAGUGCAGGUUUCAAGAAGAGAAGUGAAGCGAAUCGUCCAAGACCAGAAACGAGAACUGGUUGCCCAGCUAUGAUAAAAUUUAGGUUGAUGGAUACCAGAAGAUGGAGAAUAAUUGAAGUUGAGCUUGACCACAAUCACCUGAUCAACCCAACUGGUGGAAAAUUUUACAAAUCUCAUAGGAACUUGGGUGUUGGAACCAAAAGACUGUUGCAACUAGAUAGUUCUGAAGAGGGGCACAAAGUUCGGCUAUUCCGAACAGUUGUAAUUGAUGCUGAUCACAAUGGGUACUUGGAUGUUGAUGAAGGAGAAUCUGGAAAUAGUGUUGACCAUUCCAAUAAAUUGAAACUUAAUGAAGGAGAUGCUGUAGCUGUUGAAGAAUUUUUAUGUCAAGCACAACUUACAGAUUCAAACUUCUUUUAUGUUGUGGAUCUAAAUGAGAAAGGAUCUCUGAGGAAUUUGUUUUGGGUUUCUUCGAGGUCCAGGGCAGCGUAUACUUAUUUUGGUGAUGUUGUGUCCAUCGACACGUCAUGUUUAACAAACAAGUACCAAGUCCCAUUGGUCUCGAUUGUUGGAAUAAACCAUCAUGGGCAGUCUGUAUUAUUUGGAUGUGGUUUACUUGCCAUGGAGACGGUAGAAUCAUAUAUAUGGUUGUUUAGGGCAUGGCUUACCUCUGUGCUAGGAAGACCUCCGCGAGUUAUCAUUGCAGACCAAUGUGGAGCCAUGCAAAUUGCUCUUGCUGAUGUCCUCCCCAGAGCUUCUCAUUGCAUUUCUUUACCUGAUAUUAUGAGAAAAAUUCCACAGAAGCUGGGAGGAUUGCUUGAAUAUGAAGCAAUUAAAGCAGCAAUCUAUAGAGCAGUUUACCACUCCCAGAAGCAGGAACAAUUUGAGGCAGCAUGGGAGGGAAUGAUCCUGCAGCAAGGACUUGGAGAUCAUAAAUGGCUCCAAGGACUUUAUGAAGAUCGGAGACGGUGGGUUCCGGUUUUCAUGAAGGAUAUAUUUUUGGCUGGAAUGUUGCCAAUACAAUCUGGUGAUGUAGUUUUGUCUUUUUUUCAAGAAUAUUUGGCUGUGCAUACUUCUUUAAGAGAAUUCCUAGAGAAGUAUGAUCAAGCUCUGCAAUCACAUCAUCAGCUAGAAGCUUUGGCAGAUUUAGAUUCAAAAAAUUCAAGUUUCAUGCUAAAAUCAAGAUGCUAUUUUGAACUGCAGCUUUCUAAAUUAUAUACCAAUGAGAUUCUUAGGAAGUUUGAGAAAGAGGUGGAGGGAAUGUAUGCUUGUUUUAGCUCCAGGAAGUUGAAUGCUGAGGGGCCACUACUGACAUAUGUUGUGGAGGAACAUGUAGAAAUGGAGGGAAGUAGGAGGGAUGCAAGAGACUUUGAAGUUUUAUAUAAUGAAUCUGAGAUGGAAAUCCAGUGCACUUGUGGUUUGUUCAACUUGAAAGGAUAUUUAUGCAGACAUGCUUUAUCAGUUCUUACCCAGAACGGUAUCGAGGAAAUCCCGCCUCAGUAUAUCCUUCCACGAUGGAGAAAAGACGUCAAGAGAAAUUACGUCCUCGAUUACUGUUGCACUGGUAUUGAUAUUAACAGCCAAAUUCACAGGUAUGACCACAUAUACAAAUCUAUUGUGCAAGUAAUUGAAGAAGGGAGAAAAUCGAAAGAUAGGUACGAUAUUGCGAUUCAGGGAAUCAACGAUAUACUGAGCAAGCUUCGUCUUGGGACAAACCCUUCCAAUUAUUUGCUCGUCACCAAUGGUACAUACUUCAAAAUCCAAGACCACAUCUUCUCCCAAGACCUCGGGUACGGUAAACGUUUUCCCGGUAUACUCGAGAAAAAGGUUGUGGAGAGUAUAGUCAACCAUGUGUGUCCAUUCCUUUGCUCUCUCGACACACACUUUGGAGAAGGCCGUGCACCCACCAUGACCGGCGAUGACUCGUUUUCUCCGAACGACGACGCCUUCUCUACGAACCCUAGCUUCGACAUCUCCAUAGAAGAAGGCUCUCAAAACAGUGGAGAAUUGCUUGAGGAAGAAGGCAAUAAUCUUGAGAAUGAGUGUGAGCAAUUGUUUCGGAUUGAUGACAAUGAUCUUGAUGACGAAAGAGAUGAAAAAUUCCUGUUAGAUGGCCACCGGAAUCAUAGAAAUGAUGUAAACAUAACCGAUGGCAAUGAAAGCUUUGGUGAUGAUAUAAGCAUAAAUGCUGACCAUGAGCAUGACAGAGAUGAAAGUCCUCUGAUUGAUUGCCAAAUUGAUUUAUCUGGAGGGAAGGAUUAUCUCCCGCCAGUUGCCGGGAUGGAAUUCGAGUCAUAUGAUGAUGCUUACAACUAUUACAAUUGCUAUGCCAAGGAACUUGGCUUUGCCAUUCGAGUGAAAUCUUCAUGGACUAAACGUAAUAGCAAAGAGAAGCGUGGGGCAGUUCUCUGUUGCAACUGUGAGGGUUUCAAAACAGUUAAAGAAGUUAAUAGUCGAAGAAAAGAAACUCGUACAGGGUGUUUAGCAAUGAUUAGGUUAAGGUUAGUAGAUUCUAACAGAUGGAGAGUUGAUGAGGUGAAGCUUGAGCACAACCAUUCUUUUGAUCCUGAAAGAGCUCAGAACUCCAAGUCACACAAGAGGAUGGACGUUGGGGCUAAAAGAAAGGUCGAACCAUCGAUUGAUGUGGAGGUACGAACGAUCAAGCUAUAUCGAAGUUCUGAAUUGGAUGCAAUGGGCUAUCAGGGCUUAAAUUCAAAUGGAGAAUCCAAAACACAUGUUAACAAGCCUAGGUGCCUGCCCCUCAAGAAAGGUGAUACCCAAGCUAUUCAUGAUUUUUUUCAUCGAGUUCAGCUUACAGAUCCAAAUUUUUUCUAUGUGAUGGAUCUUUAUGAAGAAGGUCUUUUGAGAAACGUCUUUUGGAUCAAUUCCAGGUGUAGAGCUGCAUAUGGUUAUUUCAAUGAUGUAGUAGCAUUUGACACCAUGUGCUUGUCCAGCAACUUUGAGAUUCCACUCUUUGCAUUUGUUGGAAUAAAUCAUCAUGGACAAUCGGUUUUACUUGGGUGUGGAUUGCUUGCGGAUGAGACGUUGGAAACGUAUAUUUGGUUAUUAAGGGCAUGGCUUACAUGUAUGUCUGGCCGUCCCCCCCAGACUAUCAUCUCAGACCAAUGCAAGCCUUUGCAAAGUGCCAUAGCUGAGGUUUUUCCAAGGGCUCAUCAUCGGCUUUGUCUAUCGUAUGUAAUGCAAAGCAUUUUCGAGAAUGUGGGAGAGUUGCAGGAGUCCGAAGCAUUUCAUGUGGUGCUAAGUAGGACAAUAUACGAUUGUGUGAAAGUGGAAGAGUUUGAAAUGGCUUGGGAAGAUAUGAUCCAGCAUUUUGGGAUAAAAAAUCAUGAGUGGCUUCAGAGUUUGUACGACGACAGAGAGCGGUGGGCGCCUGUUUUCUCAAAAGAGACAUUCUUUGCUGGAAUGUACAAUUGCGAGAAAGGUGACUGGAUGAUUCCUUUUUUCCAUGGCUACGUGCACCGACAAACUUCUCUGAAAGAAUUCUUCGACUAUUAUGAAUUAGUUCUUCAGAAAAAGCAAGAGAUUGAAGCUCUGCAGGACUUGGAGUCUACUGAAUUCAGCCCCGUGUUGAAAUCAAGAUGCCUCUUCGAGUUGCAGCUCUCCAAAUUAUAUACGAAGGAAAUUUUCAGCAAAUUCCAAGAUGAAGCAGUGAUGAUUUCUUCUUGUUUUAGCCUUCCUCAGAUUGAGACAAGUAGCGGACCAGUCGCUACAUUUGUGGUCAAAGAACAUGAAACCGAGGAGACUCCUGGAGAUGGAAGGUCUUUCGAGGUUAUGUACGAUAAAGCAGGAGGAGAAAUCCGAUGCAUUUGCAACUGCUUCAACUUCAAAGGCUAUCUGUGUCGACAUGCACUGUUCAUCCUACGGUACAACGGAGUAGACGAAAUCCCAUAUCAGUAUAUACUAUCACGCUGGAGGAAGGAUUUUAAGCGCGUUUAUGUUCCGGAUCUUGGCUGCAAUAAUAUAGACAUUACAAACCCAGUUCAGUGGUUUGAUCACUUGUACAGAAGAGCAAUUCAAGUUGUUCAAGAAGGCAUGACAUCUCAAGACCAUUACAUGGUUUCUUGGCAAGCACUUAAGGAGUCUUUGAAUAAGGUGCGUCUCAUUGCUGAUAGACAUGUAUAAUAAUAUAUGGCCCAAUACCAAUCCUGUAAAAAAUCUGACAUUUUUCUGUACAUUGUAACUCAUUUGUUCAACUACUCAAAAAGUGAAAUUAAAGUCCGAGUAUUUGUUCGG